CCUUCGUACUCGUCAAACCACCGCCCACCACCACCGCCCGACCGCAAAAUGAAGACUGGAAGUCUCAUCGCUGCUGCUACAACGACCCUCGCUGCCUUCACCGCUCCCGCUCAAGUUGCUGCAGCUGAAUGCUCCACGCUUUCUCUAGUCGUGACGUUUCUUCCGCUGUUGACCAACGCGAACACGUGUGCUUCUAACACGGGCUAUUCGCUCUACCCAUUUACCGGACUGCCUACGGCUGACGAGCUCACGCUCAUCUGCGCUGACACUACGUGUACCAAGCUGCUGGCGGAGGCUUCCGCACUGGACUUGCCGGAUUGUACGGUGACCUACGACGGCGUCUCAUACAACGUCAAGGACGAGCUCACGCUCUACGCGACCGCUUGCGGCGUGGCGCGGAAGUAA